AUGGCUCCUUCCUUCCAUGACGAGUCCCCACGUGUGGGAACAUGGCAGAGGAUCGUUCUGGUGGGGAAAACGGGAAGUGGGAAAAGCGCAACAGCAAACACCAUCCUUGGGAAAGAAGUAUUUCCUUCCAGAAUUGCUGCCCAGGCCGUCACCCAGCACUGUCAGAAAGCAUCGCGGGAGUGGAAGGGGAGGAACCUUCUUGUUGUGGACACCCCAGGGCUCUUCGACACCAAGGAGACCCUGAAAACCACGUGCAAGGAAAUCAGCCAGUGCGUCAUCUCCUCCUGCCCCGGGCCCCACGCCAUCAUCAUGGUUCUGCAGCUGGGCCGCUACACGCCAGAAGAGCAGAAAACCGUGGCACUGAUCAAGAGCGUCUUCGGCAGGCCAGCCAUGAAGCACAUGGUCAUCUUGUUCACCCGCAAAGAUGAUUUGGGGGAUCAGAGCCUGCGUGACUUUAUAGCAGGUGGGGACGUGAAGCUCAGGAGCAUCCUCAAGGAGUGCGGGAACCGCUUCUGUGCCUUCAGCAACAGAGCAGGCGACGCUGAGAAGGAAGCUCAAGUGCAGGAGCUGGUAGAGCUGAUAGAGAAAACGGUGCAGAACAACGGAGGGGCUUACUUCUCUGACGCCAUCUACAAGCACGUGGAGGAGAGGCUGAGACGCCAGGCUGAAGACCUGAAGAAAAUCUACGCUGAACAAUUAGAAGAGGAGAGUCAAAAAGUGGAAGAGGAGGGCGCUCAGGUGCCCAAGAAGAGUAUAUGCCAGAAAAGAGGAGAAAAUAGAUGCUAAACAUGAAAUAUGAUGAAAAGCUAAGACACGUAA